CGCCGGCGGGGAGCGGCCCGGCAGGCGGCGGCCCCGGCGGCGGCACCAGCAGCGGCGGAGCAGGGCGGACGCCGUGGGUCUCUGAGGCGCGCGUGCCCCGGGCCCAGGGCGGCACCAUGAUGCCGGGCGAGACCCACUCGGCGGCGCCCGGGACGGCGGCCGACCUCGCGCAGUGCCAGGGCUGCGCCUCUCUGCAGCAGAAUUUAAAUGAAUAUGUUGAAGCAUUAAUUACCUUGAAACAAAAAAUAAUCAAUACGGAUAAUUUGUUAACAGAAUAUCAGAAGAAGUGUGAUGAGCUGCAGUUUGCUCGAAGAGAGAACAGUACUUUGCAUCACCAAGUGGAGCAGAUGCUCCAGAAGAUUUCUCCUCUGCAGAAAUGCCAGGAAGAGUUGGGGUCAUUGAAAGCAGAGCUAGAAGAGAAGAAGAGUUCUCUAAAGUUAUAUCAGGCUUCUCACCAGGAAUAUGCUCGUGUGAAAGAAGAAUGCUUAAAAAGCGAUGCCCAGAAGAAGAAGCUAGAAGCUAAAGUGAAGAAGCUGGAAGAGGCUGCUAUCAAGCAAACUCAAGACUUCAAGCAACUAAGAAUUGAAAAGAAGAUCCUGGAGAAGGAAUUUAAGAAGACCCAGGAAAGGCUUGACGAGUUUUCUAAACAGAAAAAUGAAAAGGGGUUGAGACAUAUUGGAACACAAAUUUCAAGUGAUUCAUAUGGAAGCAUAGAUAAGAGAAAAGUAAAACUGCUCCUGAAGGAACUCUGGCUGUGUGUGAACACAGCACACAGGCUCCCCGGUGACAUCGGCAGGCACACUCCAGAAAAACAUGGCCAGGAUGACAGUAGCUUCACAACAUCUAGGGAGGAUGACACACCGUCUCCAUCACAAGGGAGUCCCUCCAGGGCCUCGGGUGUGCAAACGUGCCAGGCAGAACUGUCCAUGGAGGUGGAAGAAAGCUUCGCUCCCUGUGAAAGUGUGGCAAAGCAGAGGCCCUUUGGAGCUGGGCUUGGUCCUGGCCGUGCUCCUAACGAGGUGUUAAUGCGGAGUCCUGAUGAAGAGGACAGGGCUGGCGCUUCUGCCCAUGCUCCAUUGUUUGAUGAAGAUCUUCAAGCUGCAAUUGACUUCUUCAGACUUCCUCUUCCUCUUGUGUCUCCAGUGCCCUCUCCUCCUCUGACGUCCUCCACAAACCACCUGCGCCCCUUGCCUUCCUUGCUGGCACCUGAAACCUACUUUGGAGAGUACACAGAUUCCAGUGAUAAUGAGUUUGUCUCACAUGAAGAUUCUGCUGAAGAUGAUGACACAGCUGACUCACAGGCUUGUUUUGGCCUAGCCAGAAAAAAUAAAGGAAAUGGUACCUGGGAGGAGAAGCCCAAAUCAAAAGAAACUGUCCAAGUUCUAAAUAAGUUCGCAGUAAAUGAAGUGAAAACGGUUGGGUGUAAGACAUUAGCAGCACCCCUGGGAGAAGCUUCAGCCACAUCUACUUUUGCUCAGGAAACACGCUGGACGGUGCCACCAGACUUCUUGAGUUGCAGAGGUCGACUGGCAGAUGAGGGGCUCGGGGAGAGGAGGAGGUCUGUGCAAGCUGAGCAAGUGCUUCCCGGUCCCUCCAGGAGCCUGUCGGUUGAAAAGUUGUCUGGCGGGCUGUCAGGAGGCCGGGAUGCCGAGGCUGGGAAGUCCGGUUUGUAUUUCAUGCCCCUUGGCAAGAGGCCUCUGAAUGAACUCAUUGGCUCUGAUGAGAAAGCCUCGUCAUCGAAAAAGAUAGGAUCACCCCACUCAGAGUUUAUCAGGUACACGCUUGCUGAUGAGUUUCCUUCCACAUCAGGUGUCACAGGUUGUGGCUCUUUUCCAAAGACACCUAGAGAAACGGCAAAGGAAAGGGAAGAUGAUCAAGAAUCCACUUCAGAAUCAUCGGAAUCCGAGGAUGACGACCCAGGCGACGGGCUGGGUCCAGUGGGACAGGACGGUGGCGCAAAGUCUUCCUCGACCUCGAUGUCAGUGUCUAAUUUCAGUCACCCUCAGCCCUCGAAGCUACAGUAUGUUAACAUCGCAGAUAUGCUAAAUAAAACAAUGCCCACCCAACUGCCUCAUUCAGAACAAACACUACCAACUCGAAACCUGUUACUUGCGCAGUCCGAGCCACCAGAGCCCUCUCAGCAGGGAAGCAACCCGGGGAGCCGCUUACGUUCUUUGAGCCCAGGACUAGAGUCACUGACGUUUAGAAAUCUGAGGAGCAGGCAGACAGCAGGUGCAAACAUGGCAAAAGACACGACCAGAAUCUCACUUUCUCAAUCAGUGUUUAGGAAGAUGACAAAUGGUGGACAGAGUGAAAGCCGAGAUCCUAAGUCGGCUUUGCCUUCCACAGGUUCUGAGUCUGGCUUGAGCGAGAGGGACCGUGGUUGUGAUCAGAGCACUUCGUGGCACCACAAUGAUUCAGUAAGGAGAGGCGGUGAAGAAAGUCCAAGUGCUACCUCAGAACGUGAACAAAAGUCUAGCCAUCAGCUAGAGAAGGCCGUGACAGCCUCACAGAAUGGGGCAUCUUCAACCACACUUGAGCUGCCAAGAGAAAAUGCCAGUCCUGCUUCUUUACUGCUCAGCCCAGCGUUGGUCACCAUGGGACGGGCAAGUCCCGAGCAGGAUCUGAGGGGCAGUGUGGAUGUGGGACACCGUGAGAAUGAGUUGACCUCAGCCCCAGAAGAGGGUGAUAACCACGCUGAGGAUGUGCCUGCGGCGGAGUGUGUUGCGGAUCCGGCCAGAACAACAGGAAACGUCCAAGAAGGGCCUGCCCAGAGGAGCACUUCUCCAGAACUUUCUGUGUCUUGUAGCAAACUGGAUUUUGAUUCUCAAGGUGGUCCCGUACCAGCAGAAAAUGUUGAUUGUUCCACAAGUAGGAGAUUGUCUUUCUCAUCUGAGGAUGCCCCCUGCCAAAGCCAGGACUCCAAGGAAGCCGCAGGGCUCAAGGAGGGUCCAGGCGAGGCUCUGGGCGAGGCACCGCGGCCCUCACCGGCUCCACCUGCCCCAGAUCCUGACCCCCUCUGCCAAAGCCAGGACUCCUCCAAGGAAGCCUCAGGGCUCGAGGAGGGGCCAGGGGAGGCUCUGGGCAGGACACGGCGGCCCUCACCGGCUCCACCUGCCCCAGAUCCUGACCCCCUCUGCCAAAGCCAGGACUCCUCCAAGGAAGAAGCAGGGUGUGAGGAGGGGCUGGGCGGGGCACCUCGGCCCUCACAGGCUCUGCCUGCCCCAGAUCCUGACCCCCUCUGCCAAAGCCAGGACUCCUCCAAGGAAGAUGCAGGGUGUGAGGAGGGGUCAAGGGAGGGUCCAAGCGGGGCACAGCAGCCCUCACUGGCUCUGCCUGCCCCAGAUCCUGACCCCCUCUGCCAAAGCCAGGACUCCUCCAAGGAAGAAGCAGGGUGUGAGGAGGGGCUGGGCGGGGCACCUCGGCCCUCACAGGCUCUGCCUGCCCCAGAUCCUGACCACUCUGGGGUGGAGAGUGGUGAACUGCUUCCCACUGAGUCCGCCAGGUCAGGGGACCGUCCUGCAGAAGAGAGCCCCUGUGGGCAUGCAGUCAGCCCAGGCGGUGGUGCUUUGGCUGUUGCAAACGAUUCUGCUACCAUGCGGCAGAGUUGUGAGCUUUCCAGAGUGACGUCCCCCGCGCCUCCAGCUUCCCCCCAGCCGCACCUCCCCACGGCCACCGGGCUCUCCGGAGUGCCUUUCAGGACAGCUGAGGAGAUGCGGGGCAUCCCCAGCAGCAGCCUUCCGGGCACUCCAGAGCGGGGAGAGGAGAGCAGCACGGACGGGAGUGAGCCUCUCAGCUGCAGCGAGGGAGAGCUUGAGGGCGACGCUGUGGCGGGCAGCGGACGGCAGCAGCCAGCCAGUGACGCCCAGAGCACUGCGGGGGGGACCGAGGGCGCGGCCCCCGCCCACCAGCCCGCGGUGGAUGUGGGGCACCUGACCUUGGCUCUGCAAGACUUUAACAUCAGUGCUUUUCCUGACAUAGACAGACUUUCUACAUCAGACGUUGCUGUGUUUCUUGAGAGUUGUCAGUUACAGGACUGUAGUUCAGGGGACUCUGUUUCGGAAUGUUCCAGCAAAGGAACUGAGAUGAGCAAAGAACUAAAGCAAAGUGGAGUCUCAGGAGAGAAAUGUGAGGAGCAGCUUUGUGAAGAAGAAACACCGGGCACCUCUGAGGAGUGGAUUGAAUCGGAAAAGGUUGACAGCUCCGUAAGAAGUCCCAGUCAGCUUGUCCAGUGUUCUUUGGAGACCCUGACUGAGGUUCUCACCAAGAUUGGGCAGGAACUUCAGACAAACUGUGAGGACUGCGAUGAUGCGGACAGUGGUGAUUUAUCGCCCGUAGGUGCGAAUAGCCCAGCUACUGAAGGUUUGAAAGAGAGUGGCCCCUCCGAGGGAGCCAGCGGCUCAACAUCCCGUUCUCCAGAGCAGUUCCUGCUCGUCACUGAAGAGCAGGUUGAGGACCGCUCGGGCGGGCGCGGGAGUGCGGACGCUGGGAAGGAUGGCCUGGCUGCACCUGCAGACUCUCUAGUCCCCGCCUCUGUCUCUGUGACCCAGUUCAGGAUGGAGCAGAGCUCUGGUUAUGAGUCGGAGACGUUUCAGAUCCACACGUCUGCAGGGACCUCCGAAGUUACGGACACACACUUGGAGAAGGAUCAGAUGGGAGGCACGGAGAAAGAGGUGGAGCGGGCGGCGGGCGGCACGGCUGCCUCCCCCGCUGCGGACACUUCUCAGGCUCAGGAGGAGGUGGGAGCUGCCUCUGUCUCCAUGACUUCCACAGAGACCUCCCCAGAGACUGGUCACACAGCCCCUCCGUUUCAAGAACCUCCAAGUGGCAGUGCCUUUACAGUGGCCCAAGGGGAGGUGUCAGGCAACGGCCAGAGUGCCAAUUUCGAUAAAAGUCGCUUGCGUAAUAGACCUGUUAAGCCUAGUAUAUGGAUUAGUUCUCAAAUAUACGACCAGACCUUUGAGGCUCAGAACGUGGCAUCUGAUCAUACGUAUUAUAACUCAAAACUAGAGCCAUCUGGCAAAAAUAAGACGCGAUCCAAAAUUUCAAACAAAGAUCCAUCCAACAAGCCAGUGAAGACUUCAGUGAGCAAGGGAGAAGUUCACACCGACAUCCCUCAGUCCCUUUCAGGAGAGAGUGGUAUGAAAAGUCAGAGAGGUCAAACUCAGCCCGUUCUGGCACAGGCUGAUACCUCUGUGUCCACAGACGGCCCUGUGGACACUCUGAGCAAGAUUCGCCAGGAGGUGGGGCCCCCACUGCCUCCUCUUCUGGCCCCGUUGAUAGCUACGCCCCCACGGGCUGCCCCCGCACCCUCGCCCCUCCUCCCCAGUCCUUCCUCCCCAGCCUCUCCCCUUGGCAAGAUUUCCCCGGCCUGUGAAAUCCCAGUGCCGCCUCUGCUGUCUCCGUGGCCAGAAGAGCCCCUGAGCUCUUCCCCACCCCAGCCCUCUCCGUCUCCUUCUCCAGCAGCCGGUGGGAGGAUACUGUCCUCUCCUCUGCAGUUCUGUGCGGCCACUCCCAAGCACGCCCUUCCGGUGCCUGGAAGACUCCCACCCUGUGCCCCAGGCCCGGCCGCGGUGGCAGUGCCACAGGAGAAUUCUGUGAAAAUCCUUGAUACCAUGUAUCCCGAGUUGUCUGCCCGGGCCCGGACCCUCAGCAUCCUCAAAGGCAACAUGCAGCUGUCUCGAGGAACAUCUGCCGACGGUAAGACCUUGCCAGGCCGAGUCAGUGCUCUCCUGGGGCUCAAAGCCAUCACGUCCACAUCCACAGCCUUUGUCAAAACAGGAAGUAGCUCUGGUGGUGACAGUUGUCAAGGUAGGUCGAGAGACUUGGGACCUCUGCAGGCCCCAGGUAGCAAAAGAACAUUGUCAGCAUCUGCACCGAGGAGUGCCAAACGACUGCGCCUGGACAGCGAGUCCCCAGAGCCAGAGCCCCAGGGGGACCUCCCGGAACACCCCCGACAGGCCGAGGUCACAGCAGAGGAAAGGAGCUCAGUGCUGGCCAGCAGCCCCGUUCCACAGCUGCUUGUGAGCCCCAAAGAAACUGUGGAGUCCCAUGAUCAGGCCAUCCUGCAUGCACUGAAGAAAGUGGCUGAGUCGUCCUUCGACCUGUUGCCUGUCAUUAGGAGCCAUGUCUACGUGGGAAACAUCUCCAAGAAGCCUGUGAUGAGAGACCAGGAGAAAGAGGUGGUCUUUGAGUUCAGCACAAGGAAAAAGCAUUUAGCAGAACGCUUGCUUUGCUCCAUUCUCUCAGAACUAAAACUUCAGAAGAAGUCUAUAGACCACAGUUAUAUCCAUGCCCUCUGCAGGGUGUAUGUGGGCAUUUGCCGGCAGCUUGGAGACUUGGAAAGAGCUCGCUUGUUUUGCUAUAGCCUACUUAAGGAAGAUUUUCCAGAGUCUGAGAAACUGGCUUUGUUUAUUGCAAACAUGUGGCAUGAUGUAUUUGUUUCUCAGUCGGUGAUUAGUAAAGCAAUGCAGUUGGUUGCAAGGCAGCGUGCUAAGGGAGAGGUUCUCAACUGUUUGAGAGCCUUCCUCAACUGGGAAAAGAGCGCGCCAGUGGAUGUGAGUGUCAUGGUGUCGAAGCUGCUGCUGACCAUACAGUUAUGUCCAAAGACAGAGUUCCAGUCCAGCGAGACCUACGGUGAAGACCUCAGCGGUGACACGUGGGAAUACAUAUUUGCCAUCGAUCUGCUUUGCUGCCAUCAGAAAUGGAUUUGGACACAUGAUAACAUUAUAAGUAAGGAGCUGUGGCCUGUAAUGGAUAAGUGGAUAAAAUACAGAAAAGGACACGCCAACAUUGCCUUCACUCCCGACGUCAUUAUAGCAUCCGUCCUGAGACUGAUCGGUCGAUUAGGCCAAUUGGGUUUGAAGGAAGGAUUUCCAACUGCGGUGAAAAAUAUUAGCUCUGUGAUUGGGACGUUCAUACAGCAUGCUCAGGACGAAGAUAUCCCGUGGGGCAUCCAGCUAGCAGCCGUGUACGCCCUUUGCGAUCUGAGCCCCAGCAACCCAGCACAGAUUGCCCAGGUCCUGGAAGGCUGGCGCAGAGCGGCCUCUAACAGCGUGCCGUCCGCACUCCUCGGCUACCUGGAGGAGGUGGGUGCCCUGGGCCAGGAGGGCGAGCCCCGCGCCACCCCGUGAGCGGGGAGAGCCCCACAGGCUCACCAGUCUGCCUUCGGAUACAGACUGCGGCUCCACGCAGCACCGAGGCCACCCCCCGACCCUGCUAUCCCCA